GGAAGCACCAUUUUAACUGGAGACCUAAAGCUGUGCCUACACUAAGCUGGCCUUUGCUUUUCCCUGCCAAGUACUAAUGUUUUCACAUCUUAUUUUCAACGGUGUCCUGCUGCUGUUGCUAUUGCUACUUGCAAGGUCUUUGGAAAAUGCAGUUAUAGUCGAGGUCGGUAAGAAUGCGUAUCUGCCCUGCGACUACAGUCUAGCUGCCUAUGGGACGCCUGUGCCUGUGUGCUGGGGCAAGGGACCCUGUUCUUGGUCACAUUGUGGUGCCAAUAAAGUGCUCAGCACUGAUGAAAGAAAUGUGACAUAUCAGAAAUCCAGAAGAUACCAGCUAAAGGGGAAUUUCCUCAAAGGAGAUGUGUCCCUGACCAUAGAGAAUGUGACUCUAGCUGACCGUGGGACCUACUGCUGCCGGGUAGAAUUCACUGGUCCAGGGAAUGAUAAAAAAGUAAACCUGGAAUUAGACAUCAGACCAGCCAAGUUCGCCCCUGCUGUCCCUGCUCGUGGAUACCCUACUCCAACUUCUCCAAGAACCCUGACUACCAAGGGAGACGGCUCAGAGACUCAGACUCUGGGGACACUCCAGGAUAAAAGCCAAACACAAAUUUCCACAUGGACAGAUGAAGUGAAGGACUCUGGAAAAACUAUCAGAAUGGCUGUCUAUAUCGGAGUAAGAGUCUUUGCUGGGCUGGCCCUGACACUCAUCUUUGGUGUUUUAUUCCUUAAAUCUUGGUAGAUCUCAUCGUUAAGAUCGGAGUUUUGCAAAACACAGUGGUCAUGAGGCUCCGAGGUGAAGACAAGGUCUACCUCAUGGAAGACAGUCUUCAUGUCAAGAACUAAGUCGCAGUUGCUCACUGAGGGUCUUCCUCCUGCGAUUGCAGCAGACAACAACUGGAUAUGACCAUGCUGAACAUCUUUUGAUCUCCAGGGUCAUUUUCUGUGUUGGUUCCCAUCUGGUGUCCCCACUUUCCACCGUUAGUGGAGAGGAUGGACCUCUCGCUGUCUCUGCUCACAACAUGCUUAGUCUUGCAAGUCACCGGGGAGCGUUCUCUCAAACAUGGACACUUCAUAAUUUAAUGUUUCCUUUAGACCUCAUAAUUCUUGUGCCCUUGAAAAACAAUCAUUGGUAAUUCAGGAAAUGGGUUUCUAUCUUAGUUACCAAAACCAUCUGUAAAAGAUGAAUAGGAUUAUAAAAUUAAA